AUGGCAGUGCGGCCGGGAGAGGAGAACGUCGCGACGCUCUUUGCAGAUAUCCACUACUUCUAUGGGCCCCCAGAAGUAAAGCCACGCCACCAUCGAUUCGACAAGGGCUCCUAUGUCUACCUGUUUGAGAACGCAAACGAGAGGCGGUGUCGCAUUGAAGUCGCCAACAACCCUGGAAGCGACGAUCAAGACGCCUUUGACGGAUUCCUUGACCAGACCCACCUUCGAUACUCUUACAAACAACACUGCAAGGUAUCACUUACCGUAGCCGACAACGUUGACCAAGGGGAAUGGCACCUACCGACCUACGACCCGCGAAAUGAGAACAAAUACCACUACAAGCUCCACUCGCUGGAUAUCUACUUCUGGACACAACAAGAUGCGCUCCAGUUCGUCAAUGGCGUGAGAAUGGUCAUUCAACCAUCGCAGGUAGAAGUUCUCGACGAACCUGGCCCCCCUCCUCAGCCAGCUCCAAUGAGCUCCGUGGUUCAAAACCUAGAGAAUAUGGCCAUCUCUGAUCCACAGUACGGAGCAGCGAAAGCACCCUCGCAGCCCAUCUCACAUGGCUUCGCGCCGCCCCCGAAGGCGCCCCCCCCAUCAACCGAAGCAGCGCCAGCUACCUUUGUGCCCAUGGCUUACAACCCCGCGGCUCCUGCUGCGCCGGAGACGAUACAGCAUCGGGAGAAGACACCCCCGCCAGAUGAGGAUCCGCUCAACCCGUUGGCGGUGGCCGUUGCAUAUGACUACCAUAAGCAACCAUUCACUCCUGGAAUGCCGCCCCCGUCGCAAUUCCCGCUGAAAAGUCCCGGGUUGCCCCCGCCCCAGUUCGGUGCUAUACCGCAGCAUCCUAGCCUUCACCGGGCCGCGACGAUGCCUGUCCAAAGCGGUCUCGGUAGCCCCUACGGCUCGACGUUUCCUGGCCCGCCGGCAUCGCAACCGCCGCUGCAGCAGGCCAUUAUCCAACCUCCAGGGCACCCAACACCGCCCGCAGCCAACCCCGCGCUCCCUCCGCCUCCGCCGGGUGGUUUCUCGCAGUACUCAUACGCUCAUCAGCAGCCCCCACAGGCCCAGCCUGGAGCCCAAGAUUACAGUAUCCACCAGCAAGUGUAUCGACCGACACAGAAAGAGAUGAGCGACUCAGAGUUGCAUCCUUACUCGCAGAACAAGGAACCCAGGGGCAAGCUCGAGGAGAAUGCGGGACGGCUGGAACGCGGAGUAUCUGGGAUGCUGAAGAAGUUUGAGAAGAAGUUUGGAUAA